UAAGUGCUUUCGAUUGUGGGCCACCUCCCCCGAUUAAUGGACGUUCCAAAAGCGUACGGUUUGGAAACAGAUACGCAACAGCAUCGUAACGUGGUGAACCGGAUAGUGUAAUGAAUGUGAUUAAGUUCAAACUUCCGGUUAGCUUCGAGCCAAAGUGCAAGCUGUACAGUAGCCGGCGCAGGAUUCCUCGGAGCGCCCACACUACACCGGACACGCUUUUCAGCCUGUGCGAGCUAAUGCUUCGGAAGCUUCUGGGCAGUCGAGUUCCGCGCAGAAAGUUCUGGCCCACCGUGUUGUCCCUGCUGCCCGGAUCUGAGUCACGUCGGAUCGGUGUGCGGCACCAGGUGGAGUGUCCACAUGAUUUUAACAUCCAUCUUAGGUCCAGCGUAAACUAUGCCAAUCAUUGGAACCUGCUGACGGAAGCUUUGCAGCACGAGCCACGGUGGCCACGGAUACGCAUCGGUGAUCCAGCACGCAACCGGAUCACCCGCCUCCACCAGGACUACCCAUCGCAGCACAUUUGGCAGAUCCGACCCUAUGACAUGCUGACCAGCGCGUUUAUAGUACGCACAGCGGCAAAGAUUGCGUCACUGGAACAGCAGCGCACCCUGGGCAGGUUCCGACCGGGACGAACUGCGUCCUCUUUAACCACUACCACCAUUACCACCACUACUACGUCUACCUCAUCCGUCGACGGUUGA